AUGUUAUCUAUGUCUGAAAUACGUCAGGCAGUCAGUAGUUCUGGAGCAGAUCCAUCAUUAACCAACACUGAAAUCUGGGUCAAUGUAACCUACUACAAUUGGUGGGAAAAAACUCAUCGAAGGGGUUGGGCUUUCACAAAGGUGUAUUCUUCUAACCCACUGAUCAAAUUUCUUGGUGGUAUGGUUAGACCUUUUAAGCCUAAUAUGUAUUUUACUGUUUAUUUGGUUGUUUAUAUGGCUGACGGUAGUAUGGUCAAGUAUAAAGGAAACAGAAAAGUUACCCUCUCAUUCUAUUGCCUUGAUAAUACUUUUGAAAAUCAAAUUACCUUGCCUGUAUCUGAUGAUGGUGUAAUACGUUACACGUAUAGACCAUCUGGCGAAGGAUGCAUUACCUACAGACUAGAAGCUCGGUAUAUUGAUGAGACGGACCGGAUUUUAUCAAGUGACCAACAGCGUAUCUUUUCUGUGAACUCUUAUUCUGGUACUUAUUUACAAUUAUCCACCUCAACGUUUUCUCCUAAGGUUAACGAAUACGUGGUGAUAAAUGUGCAAACAAAUUACCCAACAGACAAAAUACACUAUGUGGUUGUCUCUAAUGGCAACAUCUUAGCAACUGAUCAGUUACGCAUGUCAAGUUCAGUGACAUCGCGUACAUUUUCAAUAGCUGUGUCACGUUCAAUGUUCCCAGUUUCGCAUAUUGUUGCUUAUUUCAUAAAGGAUGAUAGUGAAAUUGUAUCAGAUUCACUUACAUUUUAUACAAAUUAUACAAAUUUGAAUGAUGUACAAAUGCAAGUCAAUCGCGGAAAGAUUUAA